GGGCUGUAUAGCCAGUCAAGGUCGUUAAAACCUUCCAUUUGUUGGUAUACAAAUUUUGUUUUUAUAUAAACAAUUAAGAACCUGUGGUAUGCCCCGUUAUUCGUGUACUUAGGCGAAGCCUGUCUUAUCACGUGACAGAUGGACAUUUCGCAGGACAGGCUAACUUGAAUAUUAAGCACAGCUGCUCUUUUGGUUCUGUGGGAAACUUGCCAGAAACCCAUUGGGACCCUAUGUGAGGUAAAGGUGUAACCAAGGAAUGAAGAAUUUGUUAUUAGAUUCAAAGACAGUUGAAAUACUGUGCAGUUGAGAAAAUAGCAACUUUGUGACAAGUUAGGCUUCGAUUUAACUCGGAAUCACUUAAAAGGUGAUAUAGGGAAAAAAAAUCAAAGACCAUUAAAAUACCUUGAAAUUGAGAAAACAACAUCUUGGAGAAGAGUGAUUUUGGAGGAAAGGACAUAUUUGUGACAUGUUAGGCUUCCAUUUAACUCAGAAUCACUCAAAAAGUUGUAUGUGAUUAUAGUGUGUUGAAAAAUUAAAAUACAGAACUUUGAAAUACUUUGAAAUUGAGAAAACAACAUCUUGGAGAUGAGUGAGUUAUGAGAAAAUGACAACUUUGUGACAAGUUAGGCUUCGAUUUAACUCAGAAUCACUUAAAAAGUUGUAUUUGAUGUGGUAAAAAAUUCAAAGACAGUUGAAAUACUUUGAAAUUGAUAAAACUAACUUGGAGACAAGUCAGGCUUCGAUUUAACUCAGAAUCACUCAAAAACAUCAGGUAUAAAAUUCAAAGACAGCUGAAAAAACUUUGAAAUUGAGAAAACAACAACUUGGAGACGAGGGAGAUUGGGUAUAGGGACAAGUUAGGCUUUGAUUUAACUCAGAGUCACACGAAAAGUUAUAUGUGAUUAUUAUGUGUUAAAAAAAUUCAAAUACAGUUGAAAUACUUUGAAAUUGAGGUAACUCAUCUUGGAGACAACUUAGGCUUCGAUUUAACUCAGAAUCACUCAAAAAGUGUUUAAUGUGAUGAGCAAUACAACAUUCUCUUAAAAACAAAAGGCAAACAAUACACUGUGUGUGUGAUUAAUGGAAGGAGGAAUACACAUAUGAGAUUCCUACGGAGAAAAAAGACACCUUUAAGUAUGAAAUAAUCAGGAUUUGAUAAAAUCAGAUCUUUGAGAAAGUUUGGCUUCGACGAAUUAUCAUUUAUCAUUAUUAUUUCACUUUUGCUAGUUUCUUGAGUUUGAAUGUAGACCUAGAAUCAAAUUAUAAGAGUGAAAUCAUUCAAGCAGAACUUAGAACUAAGAACAGAUUGUCUUUGAUUCAGCUGUUGGUUUUUGAGACAAGGAAUUAUAAAUGAAUUUAAAUUUUUACAUGUCUAUUAGAAGAGCCCUUUUGAACACAAACUUUGGGCAAGAAACAUUAUGCUAAAGUGUUAGACACUUAAAGGUUAGAAGGUACUCAGAAUUUUGGAGACGGUCAGGCUUCGAUAAACCUCUUUAAUUGAGGUGACCAAUACAUAUGUGUUAAAUAUUCCAUAGAAAACUUCUUUAUUGAAAAAAACAAUUAAUAUAAAAAAAUAAGAAUACUGAAGAUUUUUGACAGUUCAGAAGUACAUAAAGAUUGAUUAUAGCUUCAAGCAUUUUACAGAAUAGAUUGAAACCUAAGGGUAUUCAAAGCUAAGAAAGUUACAGAUUUGAAAAAAACAAAACAAAGUUUAUUGUUUAGAGAACAGGAAGCAAUAAACUAAGAAAAGAAAGUCCAGGCUGAUUUGUAUACAGCUUUAUAUUUACAAUUAUACAACAUAAAAGACUGAACAGUAUGAGUGGUCGAGCAAGAGGAAGGAGCAGGGGUAGAGCACGAAAUGAUGAACCAGAUGAACCAGCCAGGAGACCAGGUGAUAGCCAACCAACAUUUGGUGAAAAUCAACUGAUCACACCAAGAGGUAGAGGUAGAGGUGCUUAUAGAAAUGAAUCACAGCCUGCCAGAAUGCCAAAUAUAGAGCAUGCUGCAUCACAACUUCAGCAGAUGAGAAUUGACAAUACGUCAAACCAGCCAAGGAGAGGAAAUGAUGAUGUGAAACCAAACUUGUUCAGUAGUGAUGAUAAUCGUCCUAUUGAACAUGGUGAUGGUUUCAGUGAAGCUGGAGCAAGGCCAAAGGAACAGCUUAUGGCUGGUGGUAGAACCAAUCCAGAAAUAUACCAACAGCAAGGAACCAGAGCCAAAUUCUUUCAGGGUAACAAAGGUGCCCAGAGUGGGUACCAGGAACAGGGGAACAGACCAAGAGAAUCUAAUUUUCAGGGAAAUAUUCAGCAGGAGAAUAGGCAAACAUCUGUUGUGAGGAAAGCUGUAGGUCUAGGAUCGACAAACAUUCAUGUCAUAGCCAAUGCUUUUCCUGUGGAGUGUACUUUGACUGAGUGGAUCCUGUAUCAAUAUCAUGUGGAUUUCAAUCCUCAAGUGGACAGCAAGAAGGUCCGAUGUGCCAUGAUAGCGGACCACAAGGACUUGUUAGGGGAAACAAGAGCAUUUGAUGGAAUGAAACUGAUUAUACCAAGGAGACUGCCACAAGAAGUUACAGAAGUUUAUAGUGAGAUGAGGUCUGACGGAACUAGAAUCAGAAUUACAAUUACAAUGACCAAUGAGAUUCCACCCGUCAGUGCAGAAUCCAUUCAUAUCUUCAAUAUCAUCUUAAAAAGAGCACAAAGAAUGCUGGGAGGAGAACAGAUAGGAAGAAACUACUAUAAUCAGAACUUGAGAAAAACAAAUACAGCCUAUCGUAUGGAUAUCAUACCAGGAUUUUUGGCAGCCAUUCAGAAGUUUGAAGCUGGUAACCUUCUGCUGAUAGACGUGGCCCACAAACUUCUACAGACUGACAGUAUAUUGACCCAGAUGACUAACCUCUAUCACCUUUAUAAGGACCAGCAUGAUGGAGAUAAUAAGUUCUGGGAUAGAUGUAGAAAACAGUUCAUUGGUACAAUUGUUCUCACCAGGUACAACAACAAGACCUACCUCAUUGAUGACAUAGACUCAGAUAAAACACCAUUAGAUACAUUCGAACUCAGGAAUGGGGAGAAAAUAUCCUAUGCAGACUAUUAUAGGAAACAAUAUAACAUAACUGAUCUAGAUGAGACGCAGCCAAUGUUAAUUAGUCGUCCAAAAGAAAAAGAUAAACGAGUAGGAAGGACUGGUCUAAUCAUCUUGCUUCCACAGCUUUGUUAUGUCACUGGGAUGACAGACGAAAUAAAUAAUGAUAGAACAGCUAAAACUAGUAUUCAGACAUUAACAAGGGUUGCACCUCAGCAGAGAGUUGUCUCCCUUACUGAAUUUGUACAACAGAUUCAAACGAAUAAAGAUGUACAAAAAAUGAUGAAUGAUUGGCAUUUAAGAAUACCAACUCAAGCACUCAAUAUACAAGCUAAACUACUGGAUCCAGAAAUUAUCAAACAAAAGGAUAAACAGUUGAGAUAUGACCAAACAAAACCGGACUGGUCUAAAGACAUGAGAAGUAAUCUGUUGACAACUGCAGUCAGUCUGAAAAACUGGGUCAUUAUAUUCUCAAGAAAGAAUCGUGGGACAGUUGUAGAUUUCAUUGAGGCUCUCAAACGUGUUGGACCUCCCAUGGGAAUUAACUUCUCACAACCUAUAGUGGUGGAAUUACCUGACGAUAGAAACUUGUCCUAUAUCACGGGUCUAAGGCAGACAGUAGAAUCUACCACUCAGCUCGUCCUCUGUGUUCUACCUUCUAGUAAAGAAGAUUGUUAUAAUGCUAUAAAGAAAUUCUGCUGUGUUGAUCAUCCAGUGCCAAGUCAGGUAGUUCUAAGCAGAACUAUACUGAAGAAACCAAAUCUCCAGUCUGUGUCUACUAAUAUUGCUAUCCAGCUGAACUGUAAGCUGGGUGGAGAACUCUGGGUUGCAAGUAUGCCUGGUAUGACUACUGGUUUGAUGAUAGUCGGUAUAGAUGUGUUCCACGACAAGAAGAAUAACAAGUCCUAUGCUGGUGUUGUCUGUAGUCUAAACAAGGAAUGUACUCGAUACUUUUCCACUGUGACGCCCCAACUAAGUGGGCAGGAAUUGAUUGAUGGCAUUUAUGUAAAGUUUGCAGAGGGACUAAAGAAGUACCAUCAAGUAAAUGGUCAUUUGCCUGGUAAUAUUGUUGUAUACAGAGAUGGCGUGGGGGAUGGACAGUUAGAUAUGGUGAUGGAACAUGAGGUCAAACAGAUGCAGGGCUGUACCGUAGAUUUAUACCCAGAUGUUCCGCCAAAAAUGGCAGUAGUUAUAGUAAAGAAGAGGAUUAGUCAACGAUUCUUCUCUAAGAACCAUCAGAAUUACAGCAAUCCCACACCAGGGACGGUUGUUGAUAGCGCCCUCACUAAAAGUGAAUGGAUGGACUUUUUCUUGGUGUCCCAGUCAGUACGUCAGGGGACUGUCUCACCAACACACUACAAUGUUAUCUACAAUACUAUCACAAGCUUUACUGCUGACCGAUUCCAAAGACUUACCUAUAAGUUAUGUCAUCUGUAUUACAACUGGCCGGGCACAAUACGGGUACCAGCACCUUGUCAGUAUGCACACAAAUUGGCAUAUUUAGUGGGCCAGAAUAUAAGAAAGAUUCCACAUCCUGCAUUAUCAGAUAGACUCUACUUUUUGUAAAGUGAUUGUUAUUUUGUAUGUAUCCUGAAUAUCCUUGAAAUAUUUGCCACUUGACAUCAAAAAGAAGGAUAAAAAUUUGUUCUCUUCGGACUUCCUGAAUAUGCAUGAAAUAUUAGCCACUUGUUAUUUAGCAAACAAUAAAUCAAGUAACUUGAUUGUAAAUUUGUACUUGUCCUGAAUAUGCAUGAAAUGUUUCUUACUUGACAGUAAAAAAAGUGAUUAAAAUUUGUUCUCUUUCAACAUAUGCAUGAAAUAUUUUUCACUGGACGUGAAACAAAAAAUCGAUCUUGUAUAGGGUUUGUAAUUUUGUUCAUGUCCUGAAUAUGUAUGAAAUAUUUGCCACUUGACGUGAAGCACAUGAACAAUCUUGGAAAGAGAUUGUUGAUUUGUUCUUAUCCUGAAUAUGUAUGAACUAUUUGCCACUUGACGUGAAGCACAUAAUCAAUUUUGUAAAGGGAUUGUUAAUUUGUUCUUGUUCUGAAUAUGCAUGAAAUAUUUGCCACUUGACGUGAAGCACAUAAACAAUUUUGUAAAGGGAUUGUUAAUUUGUUCUUGUUCUGAAUAUGCAUGAAAUAUUUGCCACUUGACGUUUAUUAAACAAUAGAUUUUGGUAAGGGAUUGUUAAUGUGUACUUUUCCUGAAUAAGUAUGAAAUAUUUGCCACUUGACAUGAAGCACAUAAACAAUUUGGUAAAGGGAUCGGUAGUUUGUUCUUGUCCUGAAUAUGUAUGAAAUAUUUGCCAAUUGAUUUUAAGCAACAAAAAAUCUGUGCAAGGGUAGAACUAUCACCAAAACCUACAGACCGAAUAAAGACCUUAGAAUACUGUAA